AAAAAACGAUACAUUUUUUUUUAAACUAAAAUAAAAUGGAAAAAUUAAAUGUUGAUUGUCUUAUUCUUAUUUUCAAUGAAUUAAAAGCAGAAAUAAGAAAUAAAUACUUGUAUUCAUGUCUUUUAGUUAAUAAGGAAUGGUCUCAUUUAGUAGUUCCUAUCUUAUGGGCAAAUCCAGAAUACCUUAAUAAUGAUUCAAAAAAAAAAUUUUGUAAUACAAUAGUUUCCUGUCUACCACCUUCUUUAAAACAACUUUUAUUUGAUAAUGAUAUUAGGUUACCCUCGACAAUUUUUUCGAAAUCCCUAACAUUUAAUUAUAUCAGCUUUUUUAAAUAUUUACAUGCUAAAGUUAUAAAUAAUAUUAUAGAAUUUGUAUUUGAAAAAGAAAUUACAAAAUCUAUUGAUUUUUUAGAAAAAAGAAAAUUUUUAGAACAAGAAAUUUACAAGUUAUUAAUUAGUCAAUGUAAAAAC